CCCAAGAGGGAUGUGGGCUUUUCCUGUUGAUGGUAUCACUUCGGUUGUUUUACUGUGGUGAUUUUAUCCCAUUAUCCCGAUGUUUUUACUCUGAGAAAAUACCAGUGUUGUGGCGUUAUUUUAUUUAGUUCCUUGUUUGUCCAUGUGGUCUUUGUCAUUUUAGUAAUUUAUCGCUUUUAUUGACGUCAAUGAUGUGAAAAGACAAUGAGGCCUGACGGCGGAGAGACUGAGUAGCCGAACUGGCAACUGCCUGGAUAUGUAGAAGGUUAAAAGAAGAAGUGUAGGAGAAGAUGCUGCUUACAGAAGGAGUGUUUGUUCGCCUUAACCUGGCAUCCAUCUGGAGAUGAUGAACUGACUGAGUUGUAGGUAUGGCUUCCCAGCCUCAGGUGUUCUCAUCCCCUUCGGUGUCCUCCAGUGCCUUUUCUCGUGUGAAGAAGCUGAAGGUGGAAAACUGCACGUGGGAUGUGACAAGCCAGUCGAAUGAGAGCAAAUAUUACCUGCCCAGCCCCUCUCAGGGAAAUGCCUCCACCCCCACCUCCUCCAGCUUCAGUGGCGCCUAUGGUUCGUCUGGAGUGAUUCCCCCGCCAGCGGGUAGCUCCCGUGGGCAGAUCGUGGUGCGCGCUGCAGACAGCACUGGCAGCCUCCCAGGACCCUCCUCCUCUGCAUCGUCUUCAUCCUCUGCAACCUCCUCGUCCUCCAGCUGCCGUGUCAACGAAGCUGCCUCCUCCUCCAGGUCCCAUGGCCUCUACCAGAGGCAGCACAGUUUAAAACGCAAAAACGAGGAGGCUGACAGCAGCGACAGUGUCCAGAUUCUGGAGGAGCUCUCCGCUCCGGCACUCUCCCACCGGGCUGGGGGUGAUGGCACUGCAGCCCAGUCCAUCGCCCACUCCACAUCCACCACCAAGAGCAGCAAUUCGCACAGCGAGGGUGACUACCAGCUAGUGCAGCAUGAGAUCUUGUGCUCCAUGUCCAACAGCUAUGAGGUGCUGGAAUUUCUGGGUCGUGGCACUUUUGGACAGGUGGCCAAGUGCUGGAAGCGUGGCACCAAUGAGAUUGUGGCAAUCAAGAUCCUGAAGAAUCACCCAUCGUACGCUCGCCAAGGUCAGAUUGAGGUGAGCAUCCUGAGCUUGCUGAGUACGGAGAAUGCUGAUGAGUUCAACUUUGUGCGGUCACAUGAAUGCUUCCAGCACAAGAGCCACACCUGCCUUGUGUUUGAGAUGCUGGAACAGAACUUGUAUGAUUUCCUGAAGCACAGCAAGUUCAGCCCGCUGCCCCUCAAGUGUAUCCGGCCCAUACUGCAGCAAGUGGCUACCGCCCUCAACAAGCUUAAGAGUUUGGGCCUCAUUCAUGCCGACCUCAAACCUGAGAAUAUCAUGCUGGUGGACCCAGUGCGGCAGCCUUACCGAGUGAAAGUUAUUGACUUUGGUUCAGCCAGCUAUGUCUCCAAAGCAGUGUGCUCCACAUACUUGCAGUCACGCUACUAUCGUGCUCCCGAGAUAAUCUUGGGGCUGCCAUUCUGUGAAGCCAUUGACAUGUGGUCCCUUGGCUGUGUGAUCGCUGAGCUUUUCCUCGGAUGGCCAUUGUACCCAGGGGCAUCUGAAUAUGAUCAGAUCCGCUACAUCUCCCAGACUCAGGGGCUACCUGCUGAGUACCUCUUGAGUGCUGGGACCAAGACCAGCCGCUUCUUCAACAGAGGUCCUGACUCCAGCUACCCCCUCUGGAGGCUAAAAACACCAGCAGAACAUGAGGCUGAAAUGGGGAUAAAGUCGAAGGAGGCUCGCAAGUACAUCUUCAACUGUCUGGAUGACAUGAUGCAGGUGAACAUGACCAACCUGGAGGGCACAGACAUGCUGGCAGAGAAGGCGGAUCGGCGGGAGUUCAUUGACCUGCUGAAAAAAAUGCUGACCCUGGAUGCGGACAAGAGGAUCACGCCCAUGAAAACCCUGAACCACUCCUUUGUCACCAUGGCCCAUCUGCUCCACUUCCCCCAUAGCUCCCAUGUGAAGUCCUGCUUUCAGAAUAUGGAGAUAUGCAAGCGCCGCUGCACAGCCUUUGACAAUGGGAAGAACCUCUUCUCUAACAACAGUGGGACUGGAGCAGCUGCCAACCUCACAGUCACCUUCAGCAGCCAGCUCAAUCAGCACAAUCAGGUGGCCCCAGCUGGAGGCCCAUCCCUCUCCCUCAGCAGCAAUGUGCCCUUGCUGAACUACCAGCCUGCCCUCUACCAGCAGGCCACCAUCAACAUCCCUGGCUUUGGCCAGCAGGGUGUUCCGCUGCCCACCCGACCCGGCCAGCUGUGUACCCAGACAGAGCCAUUCCAGCAGACACUUAUUGUCUGCCCCCCCACUAUCCAAGGGCUUCAAUCCACCAAUAAGCACUCCAGUUUUCCUGUGAGGAUGGACAACUCAGUGCCCAUAGUUCCUCAGAACCAGUCCACCCAGCCACUGCAGAUCCAGUCAGGUGUGCUUGCACAGGGCUCCUGCACCCCACUGAUGGUGGCCACACUCCACCCCCACAUGGCGGCAGUGGCGCCCCAGUACUCGGUCCCUUUGGCGUUGGGCUGCGGGGCCGGAAGGCCUGCCCUGUUGGAGCAGACUGCCACCAUGCUGCAGACGUGGCCAGCUGGCACACAGCAGAUCCUCAUCCCUUCAACCUGGCAGCAGGUGCCAGGCGUGGCCAUCCACAACCCCUCUCAGCCCGUAAUUGCCGAUUCACCUCUGGGGGCACUCAUCUCCGACGGAUCUGCCCAGCAGGUCUCCAACUGGAGGGGCUGUCACAGUGGGCAGUAUAACAGUGUGAUGCAGCAGACGUCCAUGCUGGGGGCUCACCUGGGCUCCUCUCAGCCUCUCAACAUGGGUGCAGCCAAUGGCAGGUCUCAGCAAGCUGGUGCUGUAGGAUCCAGGUCCAGGACCCGGCACACUGACAGCAGAGCAAGGCCAAUGUCACUGCUUCAGACCAAUGCCUCGGUGGUGCCCAACAGCCCCCUGUUGAAUUCACCUGCAUACAGCGCCGUCCUUUCCCAGCCAAUCAUCAUCUCUGACACUCCAAGCCCUGCUGUUAGCAUCAUCACCAUUCACAGUGACACAGAGGAUGAGGAUGAGAGGAAGUUCCCCCCAGUCAGCUGUGGAGCUGGCCAGCGGACCAAUGUAAUCAGCUGUGUCACCGUCCACGACUCGCAGGACUCGGACUCAUCCACCAGUAGCCCACUGAGCCCCAGGCGGCUGCCCAGCUUUGCGGAAACGUCAGCGCCUCUCUCACGUUCCCUGGCUAUUAUGGUUCCACCUGUGAAAGCUCAGCCUGCGGAGGGUGCUCUGCCAGGGCAGCCCCUGAAUGCUUGCGGUAAGGCUAAGAAGGGCUCAGCUCAUCAACCUUGCAGUGUGGGGACCUCCAGUAGCAACCGACACCACCAGGCUGCUCCCAGCAGGUCCCAGCCACUCAACCUGAGCCAGGUCCAGCCAUCUGCCAUGACAUCAUCUCAAGAGAGAGCGGCAGGCGGGUCCCUACGACGACAGCCCUCGUACCAUGCUGUCGCUUCCUCGCAUGCCCCCUACAGCCUACAAGAAGCACCGGUCUUCAGCUCUGCACCCGGAAUAUAUGCCUACCCUGCCUCUGCAGCCCUGGCUUCUGUGUCACAGGCGGUGGACCAGCUGCAUGGUUCCACCACUUCCUCAUCUGCCGCUGUGGCCUCCUCUAGCCGUCAUGUCGGUGGGCCCUACUCCUCCUCUUUCGGCCUUCUGCCCAAGGGUGGCGGUGUUGGCCGCGCCCAGUACCAGCACCAGUUCCCAGGCCAGCCCUAUACACGUUCUGGAGUGGGCCAGGGCACGUACCAGCUGAGCCACCGCAAGCUGGGCCAGUAUCCCUAUCUGUGAGGUGGGAGGAGGGCCGUCGUUGGGGCUGAGAUGUCCGUGUUGUCAUGGCUGCAGCUUGAGUCCAGAUGAGAAUGCUUCCGCAAGAUAUGCAGCUGCAUUAGUGUGUCCUUGGAAGUGUUGCACAGAGAUAGAUUGUCGAUUCAGCAGUUGAAAAUUCAGUCCCUACUAUUUUUAUUUGGAUGGUUUAAAAGUAAAUCAGAACUUUUUACUUUACUGUAUUUUUUAACUGACCAUCAUUGUUUUAAGACUUAGGUUUUACUCCACUAAACUAAUACAUAGCAAAAAUAUUAGCUCAAUAACAAGAAGAUUGUUGUGUUAAUUGGUGGCUUUGAACGCAUUUUCUAUUUGUUAGAUGCUUGUGUACUUUCAGUGCAAGGGAUGAUUCC